AUGGAUGAGGACGCAGCGCAACGACAGCGACUAAAAGCCGCAGUUCACUACACCGUCGGUCGACUUUGUCAAAGGGUUGCUGCCGAUUGUGAUAAGGAGAUAAGCAAAAUGGCUAUUGCCGCUAUUGCAGAGACGACGUUUCGGCAAUGUGACAUUUUCGCUAAAGAUCUGGAAAGCUUUUCAAGACAUGCAAAAAGAAACACCGUCAUGGCAGAUGAUGUGAAGCUCGUGGCCAGACGUAGCACUGCACUGUCUAACUACAUCCAAAGAAAGAGCGAGGAGCUUGCCAGCACCAACCAGGAGCAGAGGGAGAAGAGAAAGAAGAACGCUGUCAAAAGAAAGAGUACAGAUAUGGACAUAAACACAGAGACGACAGAGGACUAA